AUGACCAGUGAAGACUGCGCGUAUUGCGGAGACAACUGCGCCGACUCCGAAUGCGACGGCGAAAUAGAAUGGUACGAUUUCCUGGCCUUAUACGCCUCGACCACCGAGCGGUCAUUUCAGGAAGCGCGCAACUCCAAGCCUCAAAAACAAGGCGACUCACCCACCAACGGUACACCUCACGAACCCGUCGAAUGUACAGUCAAUACCGCGUACCUACUCGCCUUCCAGGCCACACUUGUCUCGACUCCAAUUCCGAUCUCGGUGCCGAUGCCGAUGCCGAGCGGAGGAUUUGGUGGACAGUCCGCGCCUAUUGUGAUCAACCCGCCAGGGGCGCCUCCCGCACCUCCACCAGUGCAGCCCCCUCCUCCGCCGGAGCCUCGGCCAAGCCCCGCCCAGGAGAUGGCCUCGGCGAUGAUGCUCACCAUGGUCGACUACAUGCGACGCAGGCUGGACAAGCAGCUGGAGGGCAUGUCGGAGGACGGGAAAUCGAAAUCUUCCAAGCCCGGAGUUCCAUUGAUGUCCUCGGUGUCGCUGUCGCCAGCACAGUGGUCUUCGCAACCCUUGACGCCGUUGGCACCGAUGCCCUCGGCAGACACUCCUCAGGCAAGCACUCCUCCGGAUGUAUUUCCCACCACUCAGAAGAAGUCCAAGAAGAAAAUGAUCAAGGGCAUCGAAAUGAACAGCAUCAGCGAGGAGGCAGCGUGGGUCAAAGAAUCCCGUCAAACAAAACAGCCGCCCGCAGCUCCCGUGCAUGCCAUCAGCAAGCAAGGGGCUGACGUUGUCGAGAAGCUUCAAAGCGAGUUCUCGCCCGACGAAAAGUCCGACUCUGCGUCCCCCGCGGAAGAGGAGGAGGAGGGCAGUGGCGAGGGAUCUCCGAAGAAAGAGGGGUGCUGCUCGUGCAUGCGUUGCUGCUGCCUGUGCCUGUGGCUCGUGCUCCUGCUGGCCGCGUUAGGGCUUGCCAUCGCGUACCUGAUCUUUCCCAACGAGAUCGGCGACUUCUUAUGCAACCUAGGAAUAGACAAGCUGACGGGCCAGGCGGCUGACGUGCCGAACGAUCUCAACAUCUCAAAAUUGCUCAACGAACCCGAAGAGGAAGAGUGGGGACGCAGUAUCUUCGACGUAGAACAUAUCACCGACGAACCGCCUUUCUUCGACUCUUUCCAGGAUGAUCAAGGCGUCUUCGAGGAGGAAUACGACGACGCAGCUAACUCCUCGUCUGCGGUCACCCCACCUUUGACCACAACGGCUGCGAUCUCAUUAACGCCACCAGAUAUCCCUUCUUCAGUUUCUUUGCAAGCACCCCAUUCCCUUGCAAACGAUAGUACCUAUAUCGAAUACGCUAAUAGCAUAUUAAGCGAGGAUGAUCCCGACGACAUAAUCCACUUUGACAGCUUCAUUGACAUCGCAGCUUUUGGACGGGCAUUGAAGCCGUCGUCAACGCUGCCAACGUCGUCGCUGCCUAAAGAACCGCGCGUGACCGUGAAUGCGACAACGCAGGCUUCGAGGGCACUCGAUUUAGCGCCGACGCCACCAUCAGGAAUUCGUGAUUUGCUGAUUCGCUUUGGUUUGGCUACCAGUCGCGCUGACGUAAAAGCAAAUGCUACACGCGCGUGGCAGUCAAAAGAAGCAACAACUGGAGCGCCUGUAGCGAUUGAAUUAGACGACGAAGGUGAAGAGUGGCCCGUUUUUGGAGGUCUUGGAUGGGACACGGCGAAAACCACAGUAGAGAACCAAGGCGCGGUCACCCUCGGCAAUUUUCGUAUGCCACUCGUGAAACAUGUGAAUGAGCGAGCGAAUAAGAAAUACAGGCUCUGA